AUGGGUUCUAUAAGUGUUACUUUGGAACAAGAAAGAAUAAAAGGUGGCAGCGCAAAAGAACAAUCCUUCUCACAAGAGGUUGUUGAAUUAAUUAAAUCCGGGGACCUAGUCUCUUCUUCUGCCUGCUCAAUCAAGAGAAGGAGACGGGGUAACUUGCCCAAAGAAUCGGUGCAGAUUCUUCGGGACUGGCUGUAUGAACACCGUUACAACGCUUAUCCUUCUGAACAAGAGAAAGCACUAUUGUCAAGACAGACGCACCUUUCCACACUGCAGGUCUGCAACUGGUUCAUCAAUGCACGGCGCAGACUUUUGCCUGACAUGUUGAGGAAGGAUGGGAAGGACCCAAAUCAAUUUACUAUCUCACGAAGAGGGACCAAGGUAAUUGAUGGCCACCUAACGGAAUUUUCCAGCUCAAAAAACUGCAUCCCCCUGAUUGAGAGCUCCUUUUUCUCUGCUAGCCCAGGAUCAAACAAGACUUGUAAUGCUCCUUCUCCAGGAUCUCUUCUGGCUCGUCCCUCGGUAAUUUGUCAUACCACCGUAACUGCACUGAAAGAUGUCCCUUUCCAUUUCAAUCAGCUCACUGGUACAGGUCAGACCACGGAUGAUCUUCAGUGGGCUUCACCUACCAGCUUUACAGACAACUCUCUCCUAUUGCACGAGGAUAAGUUGGGACCUAGUUCAAAUGCACAAAGUGGGCUUUUCAACACUCCUCCUCCAACUCCCCCAGAUCUCAAUCAGGACUUCAGUGGAUUUCAGCUCCUGGUGGAUGUUGCACUGAAACAGGCAGCAGAGAUGGAAUUGCAGGCAAAACUCAUGGCAUAAAUUGUUCUUCAUAUUUUCUCUCCCCCAACAGGGAUGUAAUAGAAAGAUGUGACAAUUGUUUCAAUGAUAUCAAGGAUUUAACUGCAUUAUUUGUUCUAAUUAAUCUUAUUUGCACAAGGGAUUGCUGAAAUGAAGCUUCCUAUCCCUGUAAUGGUCUUCAGUGGAUUCCAGUCAUUCCAAGAUUAUAAACUUAAAGCUACUGUAGAAGCAAAUUCCUCCUUUUAAAGUUUCUUAGUAGAUUUUUUUUUUAAUAAUGUGAGAUGGUUCCCAAGAUCAUGUGAUUUUGUUUUGUUUUCAUUAUUUGUCUCUUUCAGACUGUGCAAUAUUUAGUAACAAGAUUAGUAUUCAUAUCAUUCCCAUGUGGAACAAAAUAUACCAACAGGCUGUCUUAAAAAAAUUCAGAUUUUAAAACAAGUUUGGAUUUGAAUGAUUAUACUUUUUCAUGACGUAAUAAAAUAUUUUCUUUAAUAGCUGAUUUAUGCUGAGUAUUUUGUUGAACUAGUGUUUCAAAAGAUAGCAAAUUUGCAUUGUAACAUGGAGACAUUCAGUUCUUCUAACACUAUAUUUUUUUUUAAAAAAAUGUAGUCCUCCUGAUUAUAAGUUGCUGGCAAUGAAACAUGCUGUUAGAUUUAUAUGAGCUUAAUGUAUUUCCUUUAGUACAGUUUAUGGCAUAUUCUUGCUUGUAGACAGUUCUGCUUAAACAAGUAAGCAUUUAAAUGCAAGUUCCUUGUUUAUUCACAAAUAAGUGAUUCCAUUGUUUUAUUGAUUAAUCACUGGUUAUUUCAAUAUGAUUUGUUAAGAUUCUGUUUUCCAAAAUGCCUUAUAGGAAAUCCAUCUGAAAACUGAAUUUAAGAUGACCCUGCCCCAAAGGAUUA